AUGGAGGCAGUAGUAUGCCAGCCAUGCUGGACAUGUCGAAAUCGCCGCAUCCAAUGCGACCAGUCCGGAACACCCUGCGCCAAGUGCGAGAAGGCCGGGGUGGAAUGCUUCGACAAGAGACCUCUGCGGUGGGUUAAGGGCGUGGCAAUCCGCGGGAAGAUGCAAGGCCAUUCGUAUGAGCGAAAUCUAGAGAGGCCCCGUGCGAAAUCUUCUGGAAUCGUGAAGUCAGUUCGAUCACCGAAGAAACUGUCUAGCGCUGUGGUCGCAGCUUCUGCAAGCAAAAGCCUGCCAUUUACCCUGCUAGAUCCAUCCAUCUCGAAUCUGGAUCAAGUCUCGAGAUACUACAUAGACUACUAUAAUGAACGCAUAUGCAAACUGUUCAUUGUGUACGACAGCGACCGAAAUCCAUUUAGGAGCUUGAUAUCCUUUGGAUUGAAAGAUCUUGUCUUGCAGAAGGCCAUUCUUGCCCUUGCAGCGCGGCAUCAUGCUAAUACAGGCCGCCCAUUCUGUCAGAUUCAAGCGCCGACAUCUCCUGGCUUCAUUAAUGCGAAUCGUGAUGCGCUCCUUUUCAAGCAUCAAGCUAUGGAGGCGCUCACAAGAGUACUCGGUGACGAGGGAUCAGACAAAAGUGACACAACUGUCGCUAGCAUAUUCCUGCUCAUCUUCUUGGACCUCCUUGAGUCUGGAAGCGAAGGUUGGAACUUCCACCUUGAGGGUGCCAAAAGUCUGAUCAUGUCCCACCAGCCGCUGCUGGGGUCGGAGGCUGGACUCAAUAAUGGGCCUGGCCAGACCGUUAAAGAAAUACGGGGCUUCAUCACUAGCCAAAUCCAUCCAAGUAUUGAAACAUUGGGAGCAACAUUGUUACGACCAAAGCUGUUAUCAGAAUUUGUUGCCACGGAUCAAGCGGAAACCCAAACCCAUGAAGCAAUUGAGAAAUCCUUCCUUGGUUGUCCGGAGUUUCUGCUGACAGCGAUUCAGUUCCUUUCCAAUGAAAGAGACGCCAUUGCAGCAAAGCUGCCGGAUGAUACCACUGUCCAAGCACAUAUACAAGAUACCACCGCUAUGCUGGAACUAAUCCAGCACUUUGACUGUUACGCGUGGGCUUCGAAUCUUCCCUCGAAACGGUGUCCUGCGAACGCCGUCGAUGAGCUCUGUACAUUGUCGCAAGUAUUCAAACUCGGAGCUUUACUAUAUGGGAGGCGCGUUCUUGACGCACUCACAGAGACCGUCACAGAGCAGGACAAUCUGCUCUCUGAGCUCUUGGGUCUGAUUGACAUCUUGAAAGACCAUGAAGCACUCUUUAAGUGUGUCCUGUGGGCCAUUUUCGUUGCAGGCUUGGAAUGCCGAUCUCAGGCACAGAAGAGGUUUCUGGUUGGAUCUUUGGAGAAGUUCUGGAUCGCUACAAGCUGUCUGAAUGUAAUCAACGCCGCGAAGAUUCUCCACGAGUACUGGGACCAACGGGAAGGGAUGGAAAUUUCCCCACGGUGGAUAUUUGAUAUUGGUAAUUUGGGUCGUGACUGCCUUCUAAUAUAA